AUGGUACAGAACGGAGCCUCAGUUCCGUAUACUCAAGAUGAACCCAUCCACGAAGAGCAGCCAUUGCUGCGAUCGAACCCUGUUCCGACUUGGACCCCGCCGCCAGGCUUUUUAUUGAUACAGAUCGCAAUCAUGGCCAAUGUCUUUCUCGGAGGCUUUGAUGGCACUAUCACUGCCUCGACCUAUGCCGUGAUCAGCUCCGAAUUCAACGCUGCAAACACCGCAUCGUGGCUAACGACUUCUUACCUGAUCACGAGCACUGCAUUCCAGCCUUUGUACGGUCGCUUCUCCGAUCUACUCGGUCGCCGAUCGUGCUUUUUCACUGCGACGAUCACCUUCAUGGUUGGUUGUCUCGGGUGUGCGAUAGCUCGGGAUGUGAUAUUUCUGAACCUAAUGCGCGCCUUGACGGGCAUUGGAGGUGGAGGAUUGAUGACUAUGGCAACAAUCAUCAAUUCCGAUCUCAUUCCCUUCCGUCAACGCGGCAUGUACCAAGCAAUCCAGAAUGUCUCUUACGGCUUUGGAGCCAUCUGUGGUGCUUCUUUUGGUGGUUCUAUCGUGGACUCGAUUGGAUGGCGUUGGUGUUUCCUCCUACAGGUCCCAGUGUCCUUGUUCGCCUUGGUCAUGGGCUAUAAAGUCUUGAAGUUCCCAGCUCGUCCUACUGACACUUCCCCGGAUGGACGAAUGCAAGGCAUCUGGCACCAAAUCGAUUUCUUGGGAGCCUGUCUGCUCAUUUUGGCUCUCUCGGCCCAACUGGUUGGACUGAGUCUGGGUGGAAACAUUCUACCCUGGAGCGAUGUCUGGGUGAUUCUCCCAUUGGUUGCAAGUUUGAUAUUGCUGGUCGCAUUCAUUAUGGUUGAAGCCACAACCUCUGCCGUGCCUUUGAUCCCAUUGAAGAUGCUUCGAGGAACCCUUCCUGUUUCCACACAGAUUGCGAACGUCUGUGUGGGAAUGGCAGCAUAUGCUUACCUCUUUACUCUCCCGCUCAUGUUCCAAGUGAUUCUCCUGGACUCGCCCAGUAAAGCUGGUGCCCGACUCGUCAUUCCUUGUCUUGCUACGCCAUUGGGUGGUCUCAUCUCAGGGGUCGUCAUGUCUCGCUGGGGCAAGCUCGCAUACCUCGUACGCACCGGCGCGGCCUUGAUGUUCAUCGGUAACCUUCUGGUGAUGCUCCUACGCUUCAAUGACGCAAGCUGGAAGUACUUUGCAUAUGUCAUUCCCGCCAAUCUGGGACAGGGUAUAGUUUAUCCGGGAAUCCUGUUCACAUUCCUUGCAGCGUUUGACCACUCCGAUCAUGCUGUCUCCGCAUCAACCGUCUACCUCAUACGCUCUCUCGGAACCGUUUGGGGCGUCGCAGCGACCUCCACAAUUAUGCAGAAUACACUGAACUCAGGCCUCGGGGAGGCCUUGAGUGGAAUACCAGACAAAUGGAAAGUAAUUGAUGAGAUCCGCCACUCCGUAUCGGCCAUCUACGACCUUCCGCCAGAUGUGCAGAUGGCUGCCCGACUGGUCUAUUACCGCGGCAUUCGACUGUCAUUCGCGGCGUCGGCAGCAUUCGGCCUUGUUGCGACUAUCGCAGCCCUAUUUACCCGAGGAAAGGGACUUGAACGGGCAGGUUCAAAGUGA